AUGUUGCAGAGGAUGGAAGUAUUUGAUGGGGAGAAAGUGAUAGAGGAAUUCGAGGAAUUGACGAGAGAUGCUGAAAGAGUUCAGGUGGAGACUCUGAAGAAGAUUUUGGAGGAAAAUGGGUGGGCUGAGUACUUGCAGAAUUUGGGACUUAAUGGAAGAACUGAUCCUCAGAGCUUCAAGGAAUGCGUCCCGCUUGCUACUCACGAUGAUUUUGAGGCAUAUAUUCAGAGAAUCGCCGAUGGGGAUUCUUCCCCUGUUCUCACUGGAAAACCAAUCAAAUCUAUGUCGUUGAGCUCUGGUACUACUAAGGGGAGGCCCAAGUUCAUUCCCUUCAAUGAUUCACUGGUGGAGACGACAAUGCAAACGUUUCUAACGUCUUUUGCCUUCAGAAACAGACAAGUUCCUAUUGGCAAUGGAAAAGCAUUGCAGUUCAUCUAUAGCAGCAAGCAGUUCAAAACCAAGGGUGGUCUGGCAGCAGGAACUGCAACAACUAAUGUUUUUCGCAGUCCGAAAUUCAAAAGCAUGAUGAAAUCAAUCCAGUCGCAAUGCUGUAGCCCAGACGAGGUCAUCUUUGGCUCCGACGUCCACCAAUCUUUGUAUUGCCAUCUCUUGUGUGGGCUGAUCUACCGAGAUGAAGUUGAGUUGGUGUACUCCUCUUUUGCACACAGCAUUAUCCUUGCUUUCAGGACUUUUGAGCAAGUAUGGGAAGAGCUCUGCAGCAACAUUCGAGACGGGGUUCUCUCGAGUUGGGUCAUUGAUCCCUCCAUUCGUGCAGCCAUGUCGAAAUUGCUUAAGCCAGAUCCUGAAUUGGCUGAUUUGAUCUAUAAAAAAUGUGCAGGAUUGAGUAAUUGGUCUGGGCUGAUACCAGAGCUCUUUCCCAAUGCGAAGUAUAUACAUGGGAUCAUGACAGGCUCUAUGGAGCCUUACCUGAUGAAACUGAGGCACUACGCGGGGCAUUUGCCGCUGAUGAGUGCCGAUUAUGGCUCUUCAGAAGGAUGGAUUGGACCUAACGUUAACCCAUUGUUGCCCCCUGAAUUGACCACCUUUGCUGUGCUUCCAAACGUUGGAUACUUCGAGUUCAUCCCGCUUAAAGCGAAUGCUCAAGAUCAGGAACAGGAGGGAGCGCAGGAGAACAAGCCGGUCGGACUGACUGAAGUCAAGAUCGGUGAAGAGUAUGAAAUAGUUGUCACCAAUGUUGCAGGGCUAUACCGUUAUAGAUUAGGAGAUGUGGUGAAAGUGAUUGGGUUCCACAACGCAACGCCAGAGCUGAAAUUUGUGUGUCGGAGCAACAUUCUGCCCAGCAUCAACAUCGACAAGAUCUCGGAGAAGGACCUGCAGCUGGCAGUGGAAGCAGCAAGGAAUGUAGUGGCAGCAGAGAAGCUGGAACUGGUGGAGUUCACAAGCCAUGUGGACAUGUCGAGCGAGCCGGGGCAUUAUGUGAUAUUCUGGGAGAUAAGCGGGGAGGCAAAGGAGGAGGUGCUGAGAGAGUGCUGCAACCGUCUGGACAAGGCGUUCCAGGAUGCGGGGUACGUGAGCUCGAGAGAGGUGAAGGCCAUUGGAGCCCUGGAGCUUAGGGUGGUCCGUAAGGGAACUUUCUGUAAGAUCAUGGAACAUUCUCUGUCCUUAGGAUCGACUAUGAAUCAGUACAAAACCCCUCGUGCUGUUAGCUCCACCAACACCACUGUCCUCCACAUCUUGUGCUCCAAUGUUGUCAACUCCUAUUUCAGUACUGCCUUCUAAGUUUUUGCUUUCCUUGUCUCCCUGUUCUCCCCACAGCGCAUGUCACCACAGCUUCUCCCCUAUCCCCGUCGCCCAUGUACCAUCCUUCUCUGUACAAUAAUGUACAAUCAAAUUAUUUGGUUAAAAGGUGAAUACUAUUCUAAUUUUUAUA